AGUCUCAAGCUUAAAUAGAUGAAUAGCAUCAAUUGACAAAACGGCUUAAAUAGAUGAUAAUCAUCAAUCCAAGGGAAACUCCGUAACUAUCCAAAUUCAAUACGUUUUGCGCACCCGCGAAAAGUUAACAUGGCGGAAAAACGACCAAAACCGUGUAAAAAGAAGAAAUCCGAGACUCUGGAGAAAGUUCUGAAUGAUGGUUUAGCCUUGUUGGCGAAAGAAAAAGGAUCAAAAUGUCGGGGGAAAAAGCCUUCUCAUUUUCGCUUAGUGCAAGUUGGUUGUAAGAGGUUGACCCACACGCCUUACCGCUGCCGUCAAGGAUCAAUUAAGCAAAAUGAUAACCAGCAGUAUGAUAGCUCUGUGGCUGAUGACUUUCAAGUAAAUGAUGAGCACAAGCAAACAGACGUUGAUAUUGAGCUAGAGAAUCUUAUAUUUGAAUGCAGAGGACUUUUGGCUUCAGAGAAAGAGGAUGCCAAGAAAUGGUCUGAUGCAUGGAAGAGCUUCAUUCUCUUUGGGAAAAUAAUAGAUCUACCAUAUUCGAAACCUUGA